CUAGGAUUGGUUUGGCAAAGUUUUGGGCCCCGCCCCUGGAAUGUGCAUUUUUUAAAGGAGCCGUGUGGCAAACAUAAGUGUAUCAUUGAGCUUGGAUGGUGAGGAGACUGCUGUAGGUCGCCACCAUGAGAUCCCUGCCUGUGUUCCUGCUUGUGACCCUCUGUGCCUCCUGGGUAAUGGGGAUACCGACCAAAGACAAGAAGGACCGUGUCCAUCACAGUAAGGACCUCAGUGACCACGAGCAUGAUGACCAUAAGGGUUUCCAGUACGACCAUGAGGCCUUUCUAGGCAAGGAAGAAGCCAGGACCUUUGAUCAGCUCACCCCGGAAGAGAGCCAACACAGACUGGGGAAAAUAGUAGAUAAAAUAGACAGAGAUAAGGAUGGCUUUGUGACCGAAGUGGAGCUGAAGGAUUGGAUUAAGCACACCCAGAACCGCUACAUCUAUGAGAAUGUCAACAAGCACUGGGCAGAUUAUGAUCAAAAUAAAGACGACAUGAUCUCAUGGGAGGAAUACAAGAACACCAGCUACGGCUACAUCCCAGGGGAAGAAUUCUAUGACGUGGCAGAUAAGGAUAAGGAGCGCUACAGAAAGAUGAUGCAGAGGGAUGAGCGGCGGUUCAAGGUGGCAGAUAAAGAUGGUGAUCUGAUUGCCACCCGGGAUGAGUUUACCGCGUUUCUGCACCCAGAGGAAUAUGGCUACAUGCAGGAUAUUGUCAUAACAGAAACCAUUGAGGACAUUGAUAAGAAUGGCGACGGCACUGUGGAUGUGAAUGAGUAUAUAGCUGAUAUGUACACCCCUGAUAAUGAUGAACCAGAACCAGAUUGGGUCAAGACCGAGCGCCAGCAGUUCACAGAUUUCCGUGACGUAAACAAGGACGGCAAGAUGGACCGAACAGAAAUCAGCCAAUGGAUCCUCCCCCACGAUUACGACCACGCUGACCUGGAAACCAAACACCUGAUCUUCGAAUCUGACAAAGACAAGGACAGCAAACUGACCAAACGUGAGAUCUUGGACAACUGGAACAUGUUCGUCGGUAGCCAGGCGACAAACUAUGGCGAAGACCUGACGCGGCGGCACGACGAAUUCUGAUGGACUUGUUUUCCUAGUCCCUACAUCUCAGCAUAUUGCUGGCCUUCUAUACCUUGUCUUGUGCCAGUGGAAACCAAGGGUCUCUGCCGCCAUAUUUAUUUUUGUUUGAGGGUUUUUUUUUUUUAUUUUUAUGUCAAAAAGUUUUCCGUCAAAACCGAUUAGAGAUGUGAAAGGCCCAGGAAUCUUAACGACGAUGGCAAUGGGGUUGGUGUGGUCAUACAGAGGUGUGUGUGUAUAUAUAUAUAUAUAUCUCUCUAUCUCUAUCCCUACAUUGUAAAAGGCAAAACAGACCACUUGUGGGCAGAGCGAUUCCUAUAUACGCCAUUCCUAACUCCAUAGCAACACUACGGCCCAACAGUCUUGCGGGUGGUGGGUAUUGGGAUAACAUUGAGAACUCUGAUAGUAGUCUUAAUUAUUUAACGAGUUGGUGGGCAAAUUAGUAUUAAAACAGCAAAGCAUUAGUGAGCCAUCCACAGAAUCUACGGACGCUGGGUGGCUGCUGAGAGUUGUAGUUUAGCACUGCUGGACCUCAUUACACAUAAAAAGGGUGGGUGGGGGAGUAAUAUUGCAAAAAUUCAGAGUUCUGUUCCUUACUGCACAUUAUCCUGGGCAGAGAAUGCCGUGAAAGUGAUACAAGCGCCAUCUGGUGGCAAAUCGGGAAAACUUUCAUGUAAAUCUGCACUGACCAGUUGGUGCCCCCCAACUUAUAGGAAGGUCUCCCUUUGCACCUCAAUGUCAGAGUGGUCAGUUUGCAUCAAGGGUUUUUAUUGGUGGAGGGGUCACUAAGCACCUCCUGUGUUGGGGGGGGGGGGGGCUGUUUUAGGCCAGUGCCAUGAAUUCUACGGCAGGUGGCACAUAAAGGGUUAACGCACAAGUGAUUACAGUGUUAUGUGGGCAUCAAGUCUUACAGUCUAACUUGCCGCAAUUCAUUUUAUAAAGUGUCGUUUUAAUUAUUUGCCUCCCUCUGCGGAUUCAUUCCAUCUGUCAGAUAGGGGGUCACUGUACUUGGCAGCUACAAAACCAUUGCUAAGGCUUCAAUGUCCUUUUUAUUCCUUAUCGUUUCAUUCAGUCCCUCUCCUUUUCAUCUUCCAGAGAGGGGCUAAAAUGUCUGGAGAGCAGGUGAACAAAAAAGCUUAGUUGUUUGAAAUCCUUAAAAAUGAAGACUAAUUGCAAAUUGUCUCAGAAUCUCUGCAUAAUACUAAAAGUAAUUUUCAUGGUGACCUACCCAUUGCAAGUGUAGGGGAUAUGCAUUCCAGUAGUAACUAUAGGGCCCAGCAGCUACAAGUGUCAUAUAAUCACCAAUCGUCCAAUAACUAAGGGGGGCUGGUGGUGGUAUGAUUUUUUUAAUAUUUUUUUUUGUUUGCUUUUUUAUUUGAACCACAGGAAGUAAAAUUGUGCAUUUACCCUCAACCAAAAGUCCCAUUUCUUAUUAAAAGUACAUCUUUCAUUAAAAAAAAACACUAAGGACUCCGCUACACUGAUGUUUCGCUGCCCUGUGCCGUCACCAGUGAAAGGGACACCUGCCUGUUCCAACUGUCAGGCAGUAGCUAUAGGAGCACCAGUGAAGCAGAGUCUCUCCUCAGGUCACACCACUGCACUUUUAGCCAUUUGGAAUUCUAUGUGUUUGAUGCUUUUGUACACGAAACAUCCAAUAAAAAUGUAAAAAAAAAAA